AUGGCGUUUAAAACAGCUUAUCAGCCCCCCCAGAUGCUACCAAGUAUGCGAAUCGAUUCUACGGCGGGGACCACCCUUCCCCAGCUUGGCGCCAGCCGGUGCCGCUGGAAGCCCAAAGACCCGUUCCCGACCGAAACUCCCUUUCCCUUCGGGGGGCGCCACCCGAACCUCUCAGCCACCGCCUUAGCCCGGCUUCCCCCACCGGAGCAGGGACCCUCCGGCCGCCCCCGCCUAACUUUGGGCCAGAGCGACGGAAAAACUCUUGGUAGCAGGGGAGGCGGCGGCCCGCCCCAGCUCUCCUCCUCCGCCGGCUCCGGUAAAAGCUCCGAAGUUCCCCGCAAGGUCGCGGUGCCGUUGCGUAAGGCCCGCGGCACCACCGCGCUGCGGUGCCGGCGGCGGGUUGAGCCCCGGGACGCCGCCGCCGUCGUCCUGGGCGGCGGGGGGGGGGGGCGAUGGGCGCUGGGAGGCGGGAAGCGUGAAGUGCGCCGGCCGCCCCAGUGCCCCCCGCCUCCCCGGAGGGUUUUUCCGCAUGGGAGAGCUCUCCUUGUCUGGCAGCCGGGCGCCGGGCAGAACGGUCGGCCCCGGGGCGGGGAGGAGGGGGUUCUAAUAAUUAACUCUUCUUGUUCACAGAUAACUACUCUUAUUAAUCAUAAGGAUAAACCAAAGCGUUCAGACAAGACUCUGCAAGCAAUUCAGCGAGUAGGCCAAGCGGUUAACCUGGCAGUUGGAAGAUUUGUUACAGUGGGUGAAGCUAUAGCCAACGAAAAUCAUGAAUUGAAAGAGGAAAUGAGUGUUGCCUGCAUAGAGGCAAGGAGAGCAGGUGAAACAAUCGCACAGCUUACGGAUGUGGCAAACUUGGAUCAUCCAGAAUCUGAUAGCCACAUAACAAUCUUUACAGACAAAACGGGUGUGGUAAAAGCUGCAAGGCUGUUGCUUUCUUCUGUCACAAAGGUGCUGGUGUUAGCAGACAGAAUUGUUAUUAAGCAAAUUAUAACUUCCAGAAAUAAGGUUCUUGCAACAAUGGAACAACUAGAAAAAGUCAGUAGUUUCCAGGAGUUUGUACAAAUAUUCAGUCAGUUUGGAAAUGAAAUGGUAGAGUUUGCCCAUUUAACUGGAGAUCGGCAAAACGAUUUGAAGGAUGAGAAGAAAAAGGCUAGAAUGGCAGCAUCUAGGGCUGUUCUUGAGAAAUGCACCAUGAUGCUCCUGACUGCUUCAAAGACUUGUCUGAGGCAUCCAGACUGUGAAUCUGCUCGUAUAAACAAAGAUGGAGUUUUUCAUCGCAUGAGAUUAGCUUUGGAACAGGUAAUAGAAAUUGUAACUGACUCUAGACCAAAUGGAGAAAAUGAAAUGGCCCCCAUCAGCAUAUAUUCUGGCAUCAAAGAAUUCAAGAACAAGGUGGAGGGUCUUCGUGACAAUCUUUAUUUCCUCUCAAAAGAGAACCUUUCAACAAUGUUGGAAGUUAUCCUGGAACAUACGGAGGACUUCACAGACUCAGCCUAUACCAGUCAUGAGCACAGAGAACACAUUUUGGAGCUGUCUAAACAGGCUAAAAUGGAACUAGAGCAGCUGGUUUCAGUGUGGAUGCAAGCUCAAAACCAGAAGACAAAGGAUCUCAUGGAGGACUUGGAAGUAGCCAUUUUAAAAACAUGCCAGUGCAUGAAUGAACUUAAAAGAGAGGUUCACAGUGCAGCAACGUCUUUGGCAGUAGAUCUGCUAAAAUACCAUACGGAUCAUAUGGUUCUCAAAGCAUUAAAGAUCACAGGAGUGGAAGGAAAUCUUGAAGCUGUAGCAGAAUAUACUUGCAAGCUAUCAGAGCAGAAAGAACAACUUGUUGAGAUGUGUCGCUUAUUGAGGCAUGUUUCUGGAACUGAGCCCCUCGAGAUCACUUGCAUACAUGCAGAAGAUACCUUUCAGGUCACUGGCCCACAGAUAAUUUCUGCUGCAGAAACACUGGCAUUACAUCCAUCUAGCAAGAUUGCAAAAGAAAAUCUUGAGGUGUUCUGUGAGGCCUGGGAAUCUCAACUGAGUGACAUGUCUAUGUUGUUAAGAGAAAUCAAUGAUGUGUUCGAAGGAAGAAGAGGAGAGAAGCGUGUCUACCUAUCACUGCCCAGACCAGGGAAGCAUAAUGCAAAUCUGAAAGCAUUAAAGCCAGUCAAACUAGAUACUGAGGAACAAGCGAAAAUUGCAAAACUUGGAUUGGAACUGCAUCUGCUCACAUCUGAUGUGGAUUCUGAGACAGAGAAAUGGGAGGAUCAGGAGAAUGAGAUUGUGCAACAUGGACAACGCAUGUCAAGUAUGGCCUACUCCAUGUAUUUAUUUACCAGAGGAGAAGGACUUCUGAAAACUACUCAAGAUUUAUUUCAUCAAGCAGAGAUUUUUGCUGCGGAGGGCACAAAGCUUGCUUCAGCUCUUCAUGACUUUUCUGAUCAGGUACGCGAUGGUGACAGAUCUUUGCUUCUGCUGGAGGCUGAAAAACUGGUCUCUAUGUGCAAGCAGCUCCAGAUAACAGCUAAGGCUUCUGUUCAGGGUAAAAGUGCUACGUUUACGAAGGUUGAUGCAUGCAUUCUGAAAACAAGGAACGUGAUGACUCUGUUAUGCCAACUCCUUCCGCUUUGCUGCAGAUUGCUGAGAAAGUAUAAAGCAGGAAAUGGCUGUCUGAAACCUGCUCCACCGUGGAGAGAAGACAGAAUACGAACUGGUACAAGUGCACAUACUCCAGAAAGGAGAGCUGAGACAUUUAGCAUCAAGUCUUUAGAAAAUCAUGUAACAAACAUGACAUUUUUAGACAGCAAGUAAUUACAGCACUUAGAAAUGCAGGAACUCCCAGUUGAUAAUAACACUUGCUAAGUUUUCAAUAUUGCUUUCGUUUGUGGAAAGUCAAACCAGGUUAAUUUGAAUUAAAACUGUUGACCUUUGUCACAUCUAAUAGAUGUCCCAUUACUUAGCAAUUACAGCACCUACAGGUCUAAUCAUUACGUAUUUUUAUAAUGUGACUGCCUUUUCUAUGCUCACUAUCGAUAAUGGGUUUGUAAUUAAUGCUUAUGAAUGUCUUAAUGGAUGUUUCAACCCAAAGAUGCUGCUAAUAGACAUUUUAUAUAAAGAACCUUGUGCUGCAUAUGCUAUAUGUAACACUACUGUUGAAGUCUGUAAUCUCAUCUCUGGCCUGUUUCAGUCUAUGUAUUUGCUAAAGCAGAAUCAGGAAUGUAGUCUGAAAGGCUGUGGCCUAAAGCACUGAAAUGUUAUCUUAGUUACGAGUUAUCCCUGCAAUGAAGUAGUUCUAGGAAAAAAAAAAACCUCUUUCCGCAGCUGCACCUCUGAAUUCCAGUCUUGUGAACGUGAUCCGUAUUUCCAAAAGUGUAUUUUUAAGUGAUUAAUACUCUUGACUCAAACCCUUUCUUCUUUUACCGUCUCUAUUUGUAGAUGGUAGCUGUUAUUCCUUUUUAUUAAAACUUAUCUGAGCAGAAUUUUAAUUGCAUGUAGAACCACUGAACUAUUAUGUAGACUUUAUGUUAUUAAUUUUACGUUAAAUUUAAAAAAAUGGAUACUGGUUAUGACAAACUUCUGUACAAAGGGCAUUAUUUGACUUCAGGAUGCUAUGAAAAUAUAACCUGGUAUGAAAUACAUAUUCUCAAGUUUAUCUGCUCUUUGUAUAUAGGCUUCUGAUGGAUUUUUAUUUUCAAUUCAGCUUUUUCAUUUAGCUAAACUAAUACAAAAGUGACGUGAUAGCCAAAUCAUGUGAUUUUUCUGUAUGUUACUGUUGCACUGAGCAGAAGCAAAGCUGCCUGUGAAA